UGGUGUCUAUGGGCUCAGCUGACCACCGAUUCAACCUGGCUGAGAUCCUGUCCCAGAACUACGGAGUACAGGAGAAGACGGAGGAGGCCGACGAGGAACCAGAUCACGCCGAGGAGAAAGCGAAGCCUUUGGAAGAGAUAGAAAAGAGUUUCAAUGCCUCCCAGAACAGUGAGAUGCCCUUUGAAGAGCUGCUGGCCCUGUACGGCUAUGAGGCUUCGGACGCCAUCUCUGAGCAGGAGAGCGAGAGCAAUGAUGCUACUACGCCCAACCUUCCAGACAUGACCCUGGAUAAGGAGCAGAUAGCAAAGGACCUGCUUUCUGGAGAAGAAGAGGAAGAGACGCAGUCUUCGGCAGAUGACCUGACCCCUUCGGUCACUUCUCACGAUGCCUCAGACCUUUUCCCCAAUCAGACCGGCUCUAAUUUUGUGGCCGAUGGAGACAAGGCACCUUGCUCCUCUCCUUGUGCUUCCUUCUCAGCUGAAGACUCCGAAGAAGAUUCCAUGACGCCCAAUGACUGCAAGAAGGAGAUCAUGGUGGGAGCCCAGUACCAGGCCGUUGUCCCUCUCUUACACUUGAACUGGCAGGGCGAAAAAGUCUAUGAAAACGAUGACCAGUUGUUGUGGGACCCAAAUAUCCUCCCGGAGAGGGAGGUGGAGGAAUUCCUCUUCCGAGCCAUCAAGAGGAGAUGGGACGAAGUCUCCAAUGCCAGGCUUCCGGAAGGAGAGAUCGUGAAGGAUAACGAACAAGCCCUCUACGAAUUGGUGAAAUGUAACUUCAACGCAGAAGAAGCCCUGAGGCGACUCCGGUUCAACGUGAAGGUCAUUCGAGAUGAGCUCUGUGCCUGGAGCGAAGAAGAAUGCCGAAACUUUGAACAUGGAUUUCGGGUGCACGGAAAAAACUUCCACCUUAUUCAAGCCAACAAGGUCCGGACCCGGUCGGUGGGUGAAUGCGUAGAAUACUACUACAUAUGGAAGAAGUCGGAGCGGUACGACUACUUCACCCAACAGACGCGGUUUGGAAGGAAGAAGGAUUACGCGGAUAAUUUUUUGGACGGUGGGGAAGUGGAAAGUGCCGGCCGCGCACGAAGCUCUCCCCCCAUCGCGUCGGCCACCAGCUGCCUGGACUCCUGUUUCAACCCGGAUCAUUUAACAAUGGAGACCACAGGUACAUCUUUACGAGAUGGCGCCUCUUCUCAAGCCCAGAAAACCUGGGUGGUUAGUUCUGCGUGCCGCAAAAACAGGACACCGCGCCACAGGGUGGGGCACGAAAAUAGUAGUAGUAGUAAUAAUAGUANAAUUUCCAGCCACACGGGACUGGAGAGCGAUCCAGAGACGUUGGUGGCCCCUGCGCAAGUGUCCUUAGCCGUCCCCGAUUUCAGCCUCCUGGGUCUUGGAGAAGUCGAUAGCCUCCUGGACACUCAGACGCCCUGUCCGGCGCCCGAGGCCCAUUCAGACUCCGUGUCUCAGUGA